AUGUCUACUCAAAAUUCUGCACCGAGCAAUGAGAUCUUCGACGAAGAAGAGGAUGAUUACAUGAAUAUGGUGAUCGCAGACCCUGCAGAGCCAAAGGCCAAAGAGACGUCGAUGCAACGACGACGGCGCCUGCAGCGCGAGGCUGAGAUACGGGGCCGAGUCAAAUCAAAGGCAGAGCUAGCAGAGGAGGAGAAAGCAGCCAGAGAAAAGGCGCUCUCCAAGUCGAUGCUUACGGACCCCGCAGCGUCUACAAAUAAGGGACUGGCCAUGAUGGCAAAGAUGGGAUUCAAGCCUGGUGUCGCGUUGGGAAGCAAGAACAAUACUGGGGCCAGGACAGAGCCGAUUGGGGUCUCUAUCAAAGAGGAUCGUGGUGGUAUCGGCCUGGAUACGGAAAAGAAGAGGAAGUUUAGGGAAGAGGUCGAGAGGGAGGGAAAGAGGGUAAAGGCCGAGGAGGGCGAUUACAGAGAGCGGGUCAGGAGGGAGAGGGAAGAGGCUAGAUUAGAAGGGCUGGUUGGAUCUGCCAUGAGAGUCGCAGAGCGCAUGAACGAGGAGCGUGAGGAGGAGGAGGAGGCGUCUGCAAUUUUGCAAUCCAAGGACGUCAAGAAGCGGACAAUCUCAACAAAGCCUCUCAAGCAGGUCAAUAUUCUAUGGCGGGGCUUGGUUCGCAAGCGCGAGGAGAAAGAAAGAGAUCGAAGAAUGCGCUAUGAUCUCCAUCAGAGUCUCUCGAGGCUGCCCACAUACAAUGACGAGGAUGAGGACAAGGACGAUAAGAGAGCGCUGGGCAAAGACCGAGUUCAACAUACGCUUGUGGAGGAUCUCGAGGAGGAAGAUCCCGACCUGGAUGCUUUCAAUGCGUUGGACCCGGCCGACCGGUUGCAGAAGCUUGUGGUUCAUCUCCGAGAGGCGUAUAACUACUGCUUCUGGUGCAAGUUCUCGUACCCCGACAAGGAAAUGGAGGGCUGUCCGGGUCUCACGGAGGAAGAUCACGACUGA